AUGGCAUUUAUGUGCGUAGCUCACAGCAUUAGCAUUGGGAUGCAGCUGACAGAUGCGCUCGAUGAGCUCAUCCAGUCUGGCCAUAUCAAUCCGAUUUUGGCUAUGAAGGUGCUUGAGCAGUUCGACAAGUCGAUCUCCGAGACGCUCGCCAACAAUGUGAAGUCGAAAGGAAAUAUCAAGGGGCAUUUGCACAACUACCGCCUUUGUGAUGAGGUGUGGACCUUCAUUAUUAAGAAUGCCAUGUUCAAGCUGGACAAUGGCGAGAUGUUGUCGGUCGAUAAGGCCAAAAUUGUCGCCUGCAAGCUCGGUGAAAACAACAAUCGUUAA